CGAUUCACCGGCACAAACCUAUCGCAAAAUGAUCCUUUCUUUCUAGGUGCACUACUGUGCGGUAUUUUUUAUCGGAACAUGCCAGUUUUCUCGGAAUUUUUACUCAUAAAUCAUUCAAUGCAUCACUUUUUGGCGAAAUCAGCGUUCACCAUAAUUUUGAUUCGUGGCGGAAUCAGUCUGGAUUUCAACGCAUUAAAGAAACAAAAAGCUAUUAUUUCUUUGAGUUUAUCAGCGUCAACUUUAGCAGCUACAUCACCUGCAGUUACAAUCCCUACAAUGAUUUCUCUGAUUAAAAAAGGUUACGGAAGUGAUUCAGGUGUUCCAACGGUAGUUUUAGCUUCUGCUGCAAUCGAUAAUUUGAUCUGCCUUACCCUGACAAACAUCUUUCUAUCAAUCGCAUUUACUUCAAGUGAAAUUUUAAAAAUUGUGGUAACUGGAUUGUUUCUCGGCUCUUCUGUAGGAUAUUUCAUGUGGUUCUUUCCAAUGAAAAUUGUACGUCAUCUUCAUUUUAUAAGGACGAUUAUGCUUUUAUUUUCUUGUCUCGCUUUUAUUUUUUGUGGGGAAGCCAUAGGAUGGAAUAGUAGUGGAGUCAUUGCAACUAUUGCCUCAAGCAUAAUUGCUCCAAUACGAUGGAAACAUGAUAAUGUCAACCUGGUAAUAUCUUAA